GCCAACACAGUGCCACAAGCCAGCCUGCCUGAGUGUGCCAGCCAGCCCAGUACCUCUGCGUCCGUUGUCGAGGCAGGGUGUGUGACGCUCUCGCUGAGGCACUCGCGCAUGCCGCCGCCCCGCCACCACUGUUCACUAUCGGUCAGUUCUGCUUCACGGAUGACCAAGUGAAUGAGCGUCCUUCUUUUCCCUGCCGUACCUGCAGGCCUGACCUUCUCUCUGCCCAGCCCCGCCCACGCCAACACCCACGGGUGAACAGAAGUGGAUAAUUUUUUGUGGACGGGAAGUGGAUAGCCAAAAUUCGUUGGCGCGGCUUUUCGUAACCUCUACAACGAGAAGAAACAGGUGAGGUUGGCAUGAUGAAUCUUCUAAGCUCAGAUGACGGGCUGAGCCACUUGACCCACCUCACCACGCUGCUGACGGAAACUUCCACCUCAUCCUUCAGCUCCGUGCUGCCCGACUCCUCCUACACAGACCCAGAUCUCGAGGCUAACUCCUCUAUCUUAGACAUGUCCAUCGAGCAGAAAGUGAACAGCACUCAAAAGUACCCUGCAGAUAUGCUUGGCUUCACUGCUGCCUGCGCCUUCAUUAUUGCCAUCCUCGGCACGUUUGGCAACUUGCUGACAAUCAUUGCUUUGCCGAUGGCCAAGAAUCUACGCACCACCGCCACUGCCUUUGUGGUGAAUCUGGCCGUGGUGGAGCUCUUGUUCUGUGUUCUCAUCCUGCCAAUGUCUGGUGCACAGUACCUCUAUCUACAGCGCCACCUUCAAGGUUCUCUACUUACCGACACCCACUGCAUCUUCUUUGUGUGUGUGCGGUACACCCUUACGCAGGUGGAACUGCAGACCAUCUUAGCCAUUGCUCUCACCAGGUUAUUCACACAGGUGAUGGGCCAGUACAUGUACAAUGCCAACACCAUGGAAUGUGACCUGGGCAAUGCUAACAAAGUAGCCCGUCUUGUUUACCUUGUGGUGGAUGCCUUCAUUCCUGUGAUGCUCAUCUUCAUUCUGUACUUCUUUGUCUUUAUAAUGGUGGUAAGGAGGGCAGUGGUAAGACAGCGCAAGUUCAGCACAAAUUUCCCACCACCUCCAUCUCAGAUAAAAAUGAGUUCUAACCGUGUGGCCCGAGCCUCCAAGAGGAGCCGAGCUGCUGUGGCUCCACCCACUGCCUCCACCACCUCCACCUCCUCCACUAAUGCACCUCAGCAGAGGAAGGGAUCCUCCUCCAGCUUGAAGAAUUUCAAGAAGAUGGUCUCGGAGACUAAUCUGAGGGCCAGAUUUCUUCAUGCAGCAACACUAUUGAGAAGGAAGUGCACUCGUCAGUCUUCUAACAUGAGCCAGAGACUGACCUCUACUCGACGGGACAUGCGAGUGGCGCGCACCAUCUUCAUCAUCUUCCUCCUGGUACUGGUGUGCAGUGUGCCUGUUGCUGUAGUGCACACAAUAGACCCAACUGUCGGGAGGCCUGUGCGGUUUCUUCUUGUCCACAUACUCUACUGGUUCCAGUACUGCCUUAAUGUGGUGGUGUAUGUUCUCAUGAAUCGCCAGUACCGUGAUGCCUAUGUGGACUGUCUGGCAAGAGUCUUUCCUAGAUUCAAGCGUCACCGUGGCCUCAGGUUCUUCUGGGAGAAAGCAAGCAUUUCUUCUCGUCCCCAGCCAAACCUCACAUCUAAGGCCAACAAUCCUGCUGACUCCAGUGCUUCAGAAGCUGACCAGACUGUCACAGGAAUUCCGGUGGCUGUCUGCCGGCCACCACUCACAGCCAUCCCUGAGGGACACAGCAGCUCAGCAGCAAAUGACAGUGUGUUCUCAGAGCCACAGCAAAAGACUCCUGAAGAACCAUUCAUUAACAAAUAUAAAGAGGAGGAAAAUAAGUAUGAAGAUGAUUCAGAUAAAGAAGAUGAGAGAGAGAGAGGAAAUGUGGAUGAGGAGAAAGGGGAGGAUGAAGAAGAGAAUCACUCCUUAAUAAAUACUGAGCAUUGGGUUACUAGAAAUGGUGAUACAGUCUCUGAACCCGAUUUUGAAUCUAAAGUAUAACUUGAAAAGAUUUAGCAGGCACACAGUCCCAUCAGACUUGGUGUUUGUUAGUAUUACAGACAUAGUACUGCUACACUGCUGUUACUUCAUUUGCUGUAACACAACAACAAUGCAAGUUUACAGCAUCAAACAGCAUUGCAUAGCAGUUACUUGAAAAUCAUCAUACAUAUUGUUUUGCAAUAUUUUCAUCUGCAAUAUUUAUGUGUUUCAUAUUGGAGAUCAUUGUUCUCUGUUGCUUUGCUCAGAUAGAUAGAUGAUGAUUAGUGGGAACUAAUUUGGUGAGUUGGUGGUUUGGGUGAGAAAGAUUUCCAUAAUCCAUAAUUUGUACUAUAGGCUAAUGCCCCAUUUUCAUGUUAUAUUUAAGAAUACUCAAAUAGUUUUUGUAUAAUUACCUUGUACAGUUUUGCUAAGUUCUGAAUUAUGAAGUAUCAAUUCCUAUAGAUCUUAAGAUUUUAACCUGUAUCAUAGUUACCAUUAGUUAUAGUAGUGGUGGGUUUUUAUUGUUUUUCUUCUAAUUGUGAAUAUGUUCAUCUACAAAAUCCUAAAAUUGAUA